UCAAAAUGGCGACGUAGACAUCUACCACAACAAAACUAAAACUCGCUCAGAUAUUGUGAUCGCUUGGAAAUUGGUCAGUCUUUUGAAACUUGAAAGGAAGAUGCCUGUUCUGAUUGAAAGAACUCGUCCGACAAAAGCCCAAUUGAGGGCUGUGCACGCAUAUAUACGGCGUCAACGCGAGAAGGGAAAGCAAGCACUGGCCGAAAGCAAGGCAAAGGAAGAGGAAGAAAAACAGCGUAAAAAAGAAGAAGAAAAAAAGAAAGAAACAGUAGAAGAUGUCAAAAAGGAAAUCGCUGAAUUAGAAGCCAAACUGGAGCAACUGAAGCAGAAGAAACACGAUCUUUUUUCUCAGUUCAAAAGAGCUUUAAAUUAUGAAAACGAAUUGAAGAGACAACAGGAGAAUCAAGGUGUUUUGAAGGCAUCUGUUCAUAUUACAACCAGUUCUAGAGGUGUUCUUGGUUUACCAACUGGACAGCCCUUUAUUUCGCAAAGUGUACCUCCGCAACCUGGAUUGAUGGACACUGUUCCCAAUUCAGGUGUGAUCAGAAGACCAAGUAGUCCUUCACGAGCACAUCCUCUCUCAGGUUUUAUUCAGGCACAAAUUCAUUCUCAACAGUUGCAAAACCUUCAACUCCCGCAUCCCCCCUUUCCAUCCCAGACAGUACAGGUGCAUCCAGCAGCAAUUGCAGAGAGAUUUCCAGGGUAUUCACAAGUACAGGUACCUGUUACCACAACAAAUCAGCCUGAAAAUCGUUUUCCAGGAAAGCAACAUCCACCUUCUCAGCUUCCUUCUACAGGAAGACCCCAAGAAUCACCAGCUCCCUUCAACAGACAGCCAUCACAACAAGGGGGACUACCUCAGCAGGAAAAUCCGCAGGGAUUUCCAAGUCACCAAUUACAACAGCAGCCACCACAACAUCAACAGCAACAACAGCAGCAGUUUCCAUAUCAUGCGCAGCUGCAGCAACCAGUUUAUCAACAGUACAUACAACAUGGCAGUCAGAAACAAACAUUUCAACAGCCUCCACCACACCCACAACAACAACAACAACAACAACAACAACCAAGUUCAACACCACAUAACCAAGGAACUCAGCAUGGGUACCCUGUGCAACUUUCUGGCCAGGACCAGGCACAUCUCCAGUCUUAUCCUCUACAUGGUGCUGGUGUUCACCAAUUGCAAUCACAGCAGUCCUAUCAAGCACACCCUCAGCAACAGGGAUACCAACCAAAGCAACAAUCUGGAGCAUAUCAAGUUCAGCAAGGAGCAGUAAGCAACCAGCAUGGUUACCAUCUGCAGCAGCAACAACAACAACAGCAGCAGCAGCCUGCGCAGUUCCCUGGAAUGCAAGGACAGCAAGGGCAACAGCCUGACCUAACACAACACAGGCAGCAGAGCAUGGCACCACAGCAGUAUCACCAGCAACAAGGCAGUCAGAGUCAAAGUCGACAAGUGCCUUAUGAUGCAGGACAUCAAUCACAACAGAUAGCGCUGCCACAGCAGCAGCAACAGCAGCAACACCAGAAGCCAGAACAAAGACCAGGCUCAGGACUUGGGUAUUCCCAAAGCUACCAGCAUGACUAUCAACAGCACCAUCCACAGGGAUCCCAACCAACAAAAAGGGCCAGCCACAAGUUCAGUCCUUAUCCAUACUCUGGAUCAAAGAGCCAUCAUCAAGGAAACGUUGGAAAGAAGUACUCAGGAAAGUACCAAAGCUCUCAAGAAGUAACUUCAUCUUCAGGAUCUUACACAGGGUCUUCUGGAAGUUCCUGUCACUCAAGACACCAUCAUCAUCAGGGUAGCAGGAGUCACAAGCCUGGAACAGGAUACAGUUCAUCCAGUAGCCAACAAAAGUCAUCCAGAUAUUACCAGUAACAGUGCAUAUGCACUGUCGCUUUACGCAAACGCGUGCUCUUAUGGAAAUGCUGAUCUUCUUUUUGUAUUGAGAACGAAACCGUUAAAAAACCGUGAAGAGUUUUGUCGUCCAUAUGGCGACGUUUUACUAAUGAAAAUAUGCAUUCAUGUAGGUAUAGUAUUCUGAUGUGCAGAUGUCUGGCAUCGUCUUUGAAAAUGCAACCGAUGCUUAAGACUUACAUGAUGUUUGGGACUUACCAACAAGAGUAAAGAAAACCUUGUGAAAAUUCAAGCUUUUAGAGAUAGUACCAGUAAAACGCAUUGAAGACAAUCCAGGGGAGCUGUUACAAUUUCAAAUUUCUCAAAUCAGAAUACGCCAGAACUGCUCCUCGUAUACGGCUUGUGGUGUGCAAAUUUACGUAAUUUUGCAUGCUUUGAUGCGGACUUUUGAGCCCACACUAAAGUUUGGUCUAGUUGAUUUCCUUAUGCCUUGGUGGGAGACCACUAAGAGACCUUAGUUAUACGUCAAUAUAUGUCAGAACUCUCUUGACUCUAAAGUUAGGCAAAUAUGAUUGAACGGGGAGAAUUGUUAUCACUGGUCUCGUUAUCUUUAACUAAGAUUUUGAAAACCAAAAAUCUCGACAUGCACUGAUGCUUUCAAGCUUCUGUGUGAGAAGGGGAAAUGAAGAUGAGGUGACAAUGACGAGGGGCUCGAUAACGUUAUCUCUUAUCAUAAAGGACAGUAACACGAUUUGAGUCAAAGCGAGGCUACCCUUAGUUAAGUUCAGUUUUAAAUGCAUACUUUAUUUCAAAUACGUUCGCGUAUUUUAUCCAUACGUGAAGGAUCAAAACGAUCAUUAAUACGGAUACGCCAGUUUAAGGUCUCAUUUUAAAUUAAUCCACUGUUGAGUUCGAAAACAGAUAUCUAUUCCUUUGAUAUAUUUCAAAGUGGACAGCCUUACAACGGUCAAGCUUAGAAAUUUUUAAUUUUCCUUUUAAUCUUUUAUAUAACAGCUUUAUCAAAGUUAUCGUUUCUGUGUUACAUAAUGCAUUAAAGCCUUCCGUUGAACACUCAAAAGAUUAAACGAAAAUGUUAGUGGUUUUAA